ACUCCAAAUACUGUCGUUUUCUUGGACCAAAGGACAUUUCUCCUUGCCGCGCACCCAAUACACCCAGAGGUGUUUCUCACCACCACCCCAAGUUCCUAGCGCGCAUCGCAUGUCGUCGUAAGACGCUCUAUUAGCGGAAGCGCUCGCUUGUCACUGCCACAUCGACCUGCAUAGUACAUACAUAGCAGUGGUGGCUGUGGACGUGGGAAGAGAGACACUCGACCCAGGUCCCCUGCGCUCCAUUCAUUCCAGGCCCGCGAAUCACCAUGUCAGCACCGACCGACACCACCCACGCGACUACAACGACAGGUGCAGCACCCGCAAUCGACCCUUCUCACCUUGAGCAGCCCAACGACGCUGUCCCGAUGGAGAGCAUGGCGAACGACAUGGAGACAGAAGCCAACAAACCAUCGACGUCCCCUGCGGCGGACGCAACGACUUCGAAGGCAGCCCCGAAUGAGGCCGCCACCGAGGCAGGGCCGUCAACGACUGCCAACGCCGACGGCGAGGCCACUGCUGGCUCCCCCGUUGGCGAAACAGAACGUCCCCUCCAGGAGCGGCAUGACUCAGUGCUGGCCAUUGGUCCUGCGCAGGACGAGAUCAAGGCCGUCACGCCUGGUGCCGAUGACCUUGGCCCCGUCUGCAAUAUCACGCUUCUCCUCACCAGCGGGAGCCGUCAUCCGUACAAGAUCAGCGCAAAGUACUUGUCCAGGAGGAACGUCCCUAUUCCUGAAGAAACCGACUCCGGUCUGCCGGACCCCUUUAGCAUCAGCGUAUACACACUCAAGGAGCUCAUUCUCAGGGAGUGGCGCACUGAGUGGGAAGAGAAGCCGGCGAACCCGGGUAGUAUUCGCUUGAUUCACUUUGGAAAGUUGUUGGAUGACAAGGAACCUUUGCGGAAAUAUCAGUUCGUUCCGGAAAGCCCCAAUGUUGUACAUAUGAGCAUCCGCCCUGCGGAUCUGGAAGAAGAUGAGCCCAAGACCGGGGGCAAGAAUCCCUCCCAAGCGGGAGGCGACGGCGUCCGCGAGAGGUCAGGCGGCUGCUGUGUCAUCUUAUGAGCGACUCGAGAGUCUGUUCAACAUUGCACACCACCAUGCCAGCUGGUGGUGCUGAAGCAUUCUAGGCAAUGCUCCCUUCGGACUUUUUCCGAUGACUACCCUCGUCAGGGAAGGAUAUAACCGCGGCCGGCCGCUGCGCCUGAAAGACGGCAGGCAAUGGCCCGGCACAUACUCACUCAUUUGCACUUUCGCAGCGUUGGGUCAUCGUCGCCUCUAUGCGGUGACGGCGAUAUACAGAACACGACAUGACCCAACAGCGGUACAUCAGAGGCAU